GGAGACGCCAGCCAAAGGAGGCGGGGUUGCAGGAGGAGAGUCCGCUCUGCGUAAUCCAGUCCGGGACUUGGCUCCGCCCGGGAGCGGCGGCCUCUCCGGUGACAGAGGAGUAGUGAGUGGCACGGGGUGAGGCUGCAGCCAACUCCGCUCCCAGCGCACUCGGCUGCCCAGGCGCACGGGACGCAGCAGCGGCGCUCCUCCGCGGUGCGGAUCGCCCGAGAUGGCCGCUUAAGAGCGUGCGGCCGCGGCCAGCAUCACCACACCCGCGGCACCGCGCUCCGGGCACAGGAGCCGGGCCAGAGCCGUGCACCCCUGCCCCAGCCCCUACCCCGCCCUGAAAUGACUAGUUAAUCGGCGCAGACACCACCAAGGGGACUCACCGGAGUGGAAUCCAAGUGGAAUUUGGAUUUGGAGAAGAGUUUCUUGAACAUUUACCCUCUUCCUUGUUGGUUUUCUUCCUUCUUUUUCUUCUUCAUUUUCUUUUUCUCUCUUUUUGGGGCGCCGUCUUUUUUCCUUCUUCUCUGUCCGACCGUCAUUGGAGAUGAACACAGUGCGCUUGCAUCCCAGAAAGUAGUCGCCGCGACUGUUACCCCCAAAGAGACAACAAGCACACAUGCAGGAAUGACAAAGGCUUGCGAAGGAGAGCGCGCAGCUCGCGGCCCAGAGAGAUCCCCUCGAUAAUGGAUUACUAAAUGGGAUACACGCUGCACCAGCCCGCUCCAAGCCAGCCUUCUGCCCGUCGAUGCACCGAAAAGGGUGAAGUAGAAAAAUAAAGUCUCCCCGCUGAACUACUAUGAGGUCAGAAGCCUUGCUGCUAUAUUUCACACUGCUACACUUCACUGGGGCUGGCUUCCCAGAAGAUUCUGAGCCAAUCAGUAUUUCGCAUGGCAACUAUACAAAACAGUAUCCGGUGUUUGUGGGCCACAAGCCAGGACGGAACACCACGCAGAGGCACAAACUGGACAUCCAGAUGAUCCUGAUCAUGAAUAGAACCCUCUACAUUGCUGCUAGGGACCAUAUUUAUACCGUUGAUAUAGACACGUCACACACAGAAGAAAUUUAUUGUAGCAAAAAACUGACAUGGAAAUCUAGACAGGCCGAUGUAGACACGUGCAGAAUGAAGGGAAAACAUAAGGAUGAGUGUCACAACUUUAUUAAAGUUCUUCUAAAGAAAAAUGAUGAUAUGUUGUUUGUCUGUGGGACUAAUGCCUUCAACCCUUCCUGCAGAAACUACAAGAUGGAUACUUUGGAGCCUUUUGGGGAUGAAUUUAGUGGGAUGGCCAGAUGCCCUUAUGAUGCCAAACACGCCAACGUCGCGCUGUUUGCAGAUGGCAAACUGUACUCGGCCACGGUGACUGACUUCCUCGCCAUUGAUGCGGUCAUUUACCGGAGCCUGGGAGACAGCCCUACCCUGCGGACUGUCAAGCACGAUUCCAAAUGGUUGAAAGAACCGUACUUUGUCCAAGCGGUGGAUUAUGGAGAAUAUAUCUACUUCUUCUUCAGGGAAAUAGCCGUGGAGUACAACACCAUGGGAAAGGUCGUAUUCCCCAGGGUGGCUCAGGUUUGCAAGAACGACAUGGGCGGGUCUCAGCGGGUCCUGGAGAAACAGUGGACGUCUUUCCUGAAGGCGCGCCUCAACUGCUCAGUGCCCGGGGACUCUCAUUUUUAUUUCAACAUACUCCAGGCAGUCACAGAUGUGAUUCGUAUUAAUGGCCGUGAUGUUGUCCUGGCAACCUUUUCCACACCUUAUAACAGCAUCCCUGGCUCUGCAGUCUGUGCCUAUGACAUGCUUGAUAUUGCCAAUGUCUUUACUGGGCGAUUCAAGGAACAGAAGUCUCCAGAUUCCACCUGGACACCAGUUCCUGAUGAACGAGUUCCUAAACCCAGGCCGGGGUGCUGUGCAGGCUCAUCCACCUUAGAAAAAUAUACAAGUUCCAAUGAAUUUCCUGAUGACACCCUGAACUUCAUCAAGACACACCCCCUCAUGGAUGAGGCCGUUCCUUCCAUCUUCAACAGGCCGUGGUUCCUGAGAACGAUGGUCAGAUACCGCCUGACCAAAAUUGCAGUGGACACCGCUGCUGGGCCGUAUCAGAAUCACACUGUGGUUUUUCUCGGAUCAGAGAAGGGAAUCAUCUUGAAGUUCUUGGCCAGGAUAGGAAACAGUGGUUUUCUAAAUGACAGCCUUUUCCUGGAGGAGAUGAGCGUUUACAACCCUGAGAAAUGCAGCUACGAUGGCGUGGAAGACAAGAGGAUCAUGGGCAUGCAGCUGGACAGAGCAAGCAGCUCUCUGUACGUUGCCUUCUCCACCUGUGUGAUAAAGGUUCCCCUGGGCCGCUGUGAGCGGCAUGGGAAGUGUAAAAAAACCUGUAUUGCCUCCAGAGACCCAUACUGUGGGUGGGUGAAGGACAGUGGUGCCUGCGCCCACCUGUUCCCCAGCAGCAGACUGACUUUUGAACAGGACAUUGAGCGUGGCAACACAGAUGGUCUGGGAGACUGUCACAAUUCCUUUGUGGCACUGAAUGGCCACUCCAGUUCCCUCUUGCCCAGCACCACCGCAUCAGAUUCCGCGGCUCGAGAGGGAUAUGAGUCUAGGGGAGGAAUGCUGGACUGGAAGCACCUGCUCGAUUCACCUGACAACACAGACCCUUUGGGGGCAGUGUCUUCCCAUAAUCACCAAGACAAGAAGGGAGUGAUUCGGGAGAGUUACCUCAAGGGCCACGACCAGCUGGUUCCCGUCACCCUCCUGGCUAUCGCUGUCAUUCUGGCUUUUGUCAUGGGGGCCGUCUUCUCGGGCAUCAUCGUGUACUGUGUCUGCGACCACCGGCGCAAAGACGUGGCCGUGGUGCAGCGGAAGGACAAGGAGCUGACCCACUCGCGCCGGGGCUCCAUGAGCAGCGUCACCAAGCUCAGCGGCCUCUUUGGGGACCCCCAGUCCAAGGACCCCAAGCCGGAGGCCAUCCUCACACCGCUCAUGCACAACGGCAAGCUGGCCACGCCCAGCAACACGGCCAAGAUGCUCAUCAAGGCCGACCAGCACCACCUGGACCUGACGGCCUUGCCCACCCCGGAGUCCACGCCGACGCUGCAGCAGAAGCGGAAGCCGCAGCGCAGCAGCCGCGAGUGGGAGCGGAACCAGAACCUCAUCAACGCCUGCACCAAGGACAUGCCCCCCAUGGGCUCCCCGGUGAUCCCCACGGACCUGCCGCUGCGGGCUUCCCCCAGCCACAUCCCCAGCGUGGUGGUCCUUCCCAUCACGCAGCAGGGCUACCCGCACGAGUACGUGGACCAGCCCAAACUGAGCGAGGCGGCCCAGAUGGCGCUGGAGGACCAGGCCGCCACGCUCGAGUAUAAGACCAUCAGGGAGCACCUCAGCAGCAAGAGCCCCAACCACGGGGUGAACCUCGUGGAGAGCCUGGACAGCCUGCCCCCCAAGGUUCCCCAGCGGGAGGCCUCCCUGGGCCCCCCGGGAGCCUCCCUGUCCCAGAACGGCCUGAGCAAGCGGCUGGACAUGCACCACUCCUCCUCCUACGGGGUCGACUAUAAGAGGAGCUACCCCACGAACUCGCUCACGAGAAGCCACCAGGCCACCACGCUCAAAAGAAACAAUACUAACUCCUCCAACUCCUCGCACCUCUCCAGAAACCAGAGCUUUGGCCGGGGAGACAACCCACCCCCCGCCCCGCAGAGGGUGGACUCCAUCCAGGCGCACAGCUCGCAGCCGUCUGGCCAGGCCGUGACGGUCUCGAGGCAGCCCAGCCUCAACGCCUACAACUCACUGACCAGGUCGGGGCUGAAGCGCACACCCUCCCUAAAGCCGGACGUUCCCCCCAAACCUUCCUUUGCUCCCCUUUCCACAUCCAUGAAGCCCAAUGACGCGUGUACAUAAUCCCGGGGGAGGGGCUCAGGUGUGAACCAGCAGGCGAGGCCAGCGAGGCGCCCGCCCAGCUCUGCCAGGCUCUCAACUGCCUCGAGUAGCCACCAGACCAAGACGGCCCGCAGUGGAGCCGAGGACGCUGGGGCCUCCCCUCUGGGACACGGGGAGACUCACGACAAUUGGGCCACAAGGUUGGGUGAAGGUUUGUGACAACGGGGACUCAACCUCCAUCCUCUUCCUUCACUCUUCCCCACACCCCACACCAGAUGGGACCCACAAAAGACUUCAGUUAUCAUCACAAACAUGAGCCAAAAGCACACACACACACACCCCCACACACACACACCAUACACACAGAGGUGAACAGCAACUGUAACAUUUUUUGUUAUGUCCAGGACUGGACGGGGGUUACCAAACUGGGCUAGCGCCCCAGACUUGCAAAACACAAAUACAUGUUAAAAACAAAAAAAAUCAUGAAAAUCUAAAAAGACAAAAAAAAAAAAAUAAAGAAUUCAUUGAUCAUUCUAACUCAGACUUUUAACAAUGGCAGAAGUUUACUAUGCGCAGAUACUGUGAAACGCCCACCAGUGUUAUAGCUUUCUGUUCUAGCCGACGAAGACGUGUAGGGCAACUAUGUCAUGGGUUCUGCCCCUCCUCUCUUUUAAUGAAAUAACGUGACCGUUAACGCAAGUAACUAUUUAUUGUUCACCCUUUUUUUUUUUUCCUUAAGGACUCUUCCACAUGUCCUCCUCCAAACAGCUCUUCAGAAAGCCCAUUGAAAGUUAAACUAUUUAACGUGAAAUCCAUUAACUGGAAUAAUUGAGUUUCUUUAUUUUUACAAUAAAUUCACUGAGUAAAUA